AUGUCUCGUUUUGAUCCUAUUAUCGAACUAACGGAUCGUUACAUAAAUCACAGCUCUCGGCGUAUUGCUGAAGAACAAGAGCGAGGAUGGGUAUCUGUUCCUGAACAGCAAGAGGAACAUGCAGAUGUUUACGAAGAUCAAGAGCCCACCAAUGAAGAAAUUCAAGAAGCACUUGCUCAAUAUGCCCGAGACCAUGAGCAGGAAGGGGAACGCAUAGCUGUCUCCUUGCAUUGUCAAGGUUGCUUAGGCCCAAGCACCUUGUCUGAUGAAGAUUCUAAACUUCUGUUUAGAUUCACGCAGCCCUAG